AUGGAUCUCGUCAAUUGGUGGAUGCUCAUGUGCUGCUGGUGCUGCGACAGGAGAAGUGACGAAGAGAAGGAAUACGAUGCCGCACAGAAGGAAAGGGAAAGGGACCAGGCACAGGCGGCGGCGAAUACCAAGGAGAAGACUGAUGACGAUGAGACGAUUGUCACAGCACCAACACCAGUCCAACCUCCUCGACUAUUCCACGCUCCAAAAUUGGAAACGGAGCCUCAACAGAACCCACAGACAUAG